AUGCAUUUGAUUGCAAGAACAAAGGGUAAUCGAGACAAGGAAUUCAUAGCAUUUACUGCCGCCGAUGUUGCAAAGCACCCUGAUGCCUCUGUUGCAUCGCUUGUUUCUCGUGCCUUGAAACGUUCGACAAUAAACAGCAGCUCUCAAAUCAUGUAUGGAAAUCAACCUGCGCAACCAGUACUUCCCCCUGAAACGCAUCGGUGGGUUGUUAAGGAUCAAGACAUCUCGCUUAAAUUUGAUCAAUUCCGCAAGAGAUGCGUGGAAUUCCACUUCCGGAAUCCUCGUUCUCCAAAAGCGCUUCGAUUAUCGAGUCUUGCCGACCGAUUUGUUUGCGCCAGAGCUUUUGCGAUGGAUGCGUUCAACUCUGCGCAUCUUAUUCGAAUCAAGAAUAUCCUCGCGAACUACAUCGACAAUGUCAUCAACGAGGAUAAAGCGAUCAUUCAAUUACUUGAUCUCUGUGCAACGUUGAACGAGUAUGAGCAGUGCGUUGUGCGCGCCAUCACUGGAUUCUCCAAUAUUGUGGCCGAUGAAAAUGCCACUCGCUUAUUUUCCAGUGUUCGUGUCUGA